AUGAUUUCACCUAAGUUUGCGUCGACUCAUUAUUACCAUUCAGCCCGCACAUUGGCUAGUGGUAAAUCAUUUACUCCACAUGUUAUCAAUUUGUAUUUGGAUUAUAAUUGUCCUUUCAGUGCUAAAUUAUUCUUAAAAUUGAAGCCACAGGUUAUUCCUAGACUACAAGAAUUACAUCCCAACCAAUUUCAGUUUGUUUUUGUUAACGUCGUACAACCAUGGCAUACGAAUUCUAAUCUCCUUAAUGAAUUUUCUUUAGUUGUAGCAAAAUUAUUGAGGGAGAGCACAGAGAAAGCCAUUGACACCAACAAGGUCUUUUGGGAUGUCUCUGAAGUUCUCUUUGAAAAUAAAGAGUUAUUUUAUGAUACUGCUAAUGUUAAUUUAAAUCGUAAUGAAAUUUAUAAACAGAUUGCCGAUUUGGUAUUUGAAAAAUUGUCAUUACCAUUUUCAAAGGAUGCCGUAUUGAAGGAAUUGACAAUUAAGAGCGAAACGGAGAAAGAGAAACAAAGCAAUUCAGGCAAUGGGGCUACAGUUGAUUUGAAAUAUUUCACCAGAUAUUUGAGAAACGUUGGUGUCCAUGUUACUCCUACAGUAAGCAUUAAUAAUAUUGUUAAUGAUUCAAUUUCAAGUGGCAAUGACGUUGAUAGUCUUAUAAAAACAUUUGAGAGCCAAUUAGAUUGA